GUACGAAGACAAUUUAAAUCUUCCGCCCCACUCAGGUUUGAGUUCGUCAAAUGUACUUUUCUGACUCUGUUUGUGUUGUCCCAAAUGCUGUUUAGUGGGCGAGUGGAAGUGAAUAUUGUUAUUCUCUAUACACAAAGCCAUUAAACUAAACGACAGAAAAAUCACAUACUAGAAAAUUUGUUCCAUAUGUUCCUACUUUGAAGCAAUUUCCUUCAGAAUAGUUAUUAUAUAACUAUGGAGUGUUUCUACCACUGUUUUAUUUGGAUGCCAUUUUUUAUUUUGCUUCAAGGGUUUUGUGAGGCUUAUAAACAACAAAAAUUACUUGUAAUAUCCUUAGAUGGUUUCCGUCAUGAUUAUCUAGAUCGUGCUAAGCUUCGUAAUGUCAACAUUUCCUCUUUCGAACGGAUUUGGAAGACCGGAAUACGUGUUAUGAAAGUACAUAAUGAGUUUAUUACUCGAACAGGACCAAAUCACUUAUCACUGGUAACUGGAAUGCAUGAAGAGAGUCAUGGCAUUGUCGAUAACGUGUUUUAUGAUCCUGAGCUUAAUGAUACUUUUGACUUGAGUAAUACGAAGCAUUUAUCACAAUUAAAGUGGUUUGAUGUUGGGUCAGAACCAAUUUGGGUUACAAAUCAACGUCAUGGUCAUAAAAGUGCUGUUACAUUCUGGCCAGGGAGUAAUACACCAUUCAAAGGACAGUUACCCAGUUUUUAUUAUUCACAAUAUAACCAUCAACUUCCUUUAGUUGAUCGAAUUAAUCAAACUAUUAAGUGGUUAAAUUUAGAUGAAGUGACACUUGGUCUAAUAUAUUUUCAUGAACCUGACUCACAGGGUCAUUUGACUGGACCUGAUUCUAUUGAAACUUUUAAUGUUAUCGAGAAGUUAAAUGAUGAUAUUGGGUACUUACUGUCUUUAAUUGAUACUAGGCCAUCUCUAAAGUCAUCGCUUAACAUUAUUUUAACAAGUGAUCAUGGGAUGUCUGGAGUGGAUACUAAGAGAAUAAUUAUUCUUCAUGAUUAUAUCAACGAGAGCAUGUAUUAUAGUCCGGGGUCAGAGGAUCGUGUUUUUUGGUCAUUAUGGCCAAAAGAUGGGAGCUCAUCUAUUAAUCUCUACAAAAGGCUGAUCGGAAAACAUCCAAAGAUGAAUGUUUUUCUAAAGGAUAAUAUACCUAUUCAUUUACACUAUUCGAAUAAUCGCCGAAUCAGCCCAGUGGUAGUGUAUUCGGAGCCUGGAUGGACAAUCGUUAGAUCACAAAAAUCAGUUGCAAAAUUUACUAAACGUGGAGAUCAUGGUUAUGAUCCGGACCAUGAUGAAAUGUCUCCAUUCUUUCUAGCUACGGGACCAGGUUUCAGAAGCACGAUUGUUGGUGGUGGUCAAAUAAUUAGUUCUAUUCAUCUGAUUGAUAUUUAUCCACUGAUGUGUGCCUUACUCAAUUUAAAUAAACCAGCUCCAAACAAUGGUAGUUUAUCACGUGUGAUGUCACUCCUUCGUCAUGGUAGUGGUGUUAAUGUCUACUUUUCAAGUUUUCUGGAUAUGUUCACUGUCGGAGUUGUUUUAUUAUGUUGUACAACCGUAUCAUUUGUAUACAUAAUAUGCACAUGUAUUUCAUCUAAACAUUAUCUUUAUCUAUUUCCUGAUAAUAAUAAUGAUAAGUUAAAAUAUUCUAUUCAUCAACCAAAUUCAUUUUUACUUCAACGACGUUUACGUAAUAAAUCUCAACAUAAUGAACAAAAACAACAAUUUAAUAUUGAAUUAAAUAAAAUGAACUCUAUAAAAAAGACAAUAAAAACAAAAAGUAAAUUCUAUAAAAUGUAUUUAAAAGAUGAAUCACCUAAACAAACAACAGAUAGACAACGAUUACUUGAUUAUAAUAUUCGGGAUAGUAAUGUCCCCAUUAGUUACGGUGUCGGUGGUUAUGAUGAUAAUGAUGAAGAAUAUGAAGAAUAUAAUCGAUUUUCUAUUCAACAUAUAGAUGAUGAAACUUUCUUAAAUUUACUUCGUCAACCAAAUAGUAAAUAUCCUUAGGAAAGUUAGAAUUUUUUUCUUUUAGUGAUCUAUUAGUGGUUCAUUCUUUCAUUCAUUUAUUCUGCUUCUAUAUUUUGUGAUAUUGAAAUUUAUAAUACACCAUGGUGAUUGUGUGCAUUAUUAUUUGAAAUUUACAUAGAUGGCUGUGUAUCAUGUUAUUAUUGUAUUUAUACAUAGACAAGUGCAUACAUUUUUGUGUUUUCUUGUUCUUAUUAUUAUAUUUUCAAAUAACUGUAUCUACUUUUGAUUACUUCGUUUAUGUGUAUGUAUGUACACAUACUUGUAUGAACAUGCAUCAUUUAAGGAAUCAGUUCGAUUAUUACUUUUUGUUUAUGUGGAUAUUUGUGAUAUUUUGCCAAGUUUUCUUUGGUUAUUUUUGUUUAUGAAUUUUUACUAAAUAUUAUUUAGUUUUUAUCAA